AUGGAGCUGAAAUCAGCGCGUUCCUUGGCCAUCAAGCGAAACUUCAUCAAGGGUAAGAUUUCGCGGGUCGUGGACAGGUUGAAGGCGUUCGAGGAGAACCACCAGCUGCCUUCAUUUGCCCAGAUCCAAGUCUUCGUGUGGAACGUCGAGAAGUACUACGGCGAGUUCAACAAAGUUUGCGACGAUUUCAAGGUGAGUGACGCCGACGCUGGUGAACGCUUCAACCAUGACAUCGAAUGGGCCAGAGUGGUGAGUCUGGUUCAGGAAGCCAACCUGCGGAUUGUGGCCCUGAACAACGCACUGCUGUCCCAGCCCGUGCAUGCCGCUGUUCCAGAGCAACAGCAACAUCUGGUCUCGGAGGAAGAGACCAACCGAACUUCGCUUCCCACGAUCGAAGCUCGUGGCGAAGGCGAUUGCUCCGGAGCCGGCGAUGUUCCGGAUGAGGUGAACGCCGAGAGAAGCAAGGCCGAUCAUGGAGACCCAGGUGCAUCUGACUCCAAGGUAGGUGCCUAUUUUGAACCCUGUUUGAGUCCGCCCGUUUCGGACUGCGAACGUAGCGAGCCGAUGUGCAACGGUUGCCGCUCGGACACCGACUGCUUCCCGGUCCGUGGAGAUCCGGUCGAGCAGUGUCAACCCAUCGAAGAGUCGAACCCCGACCUGAGCAGCCAGAAGAGGUUGCCAGGAGAGUCUCACGAGCCUGAGACUCAACCCGCAGUACACGCGAUACUGCCACCCGAGGAACCUGAAGUGGUUCCGCACGAGUCCUCGUCAGAUGACCGAGGUAGUGCCGAGACAAAACCCGGCCUGUGCAGCCCCCAGUGGUUGCCAGGAGAUUCUCGCGAGCCCGAGAAUCGACAAGAAGAGUCGUCCGAGGAACCGGCAGUGGUUCCGCAUGAGUCCUCGGCAGCAGAACGAGGUAGUGCCGUGUCGGACGACCCAGCAGCUGUCCCCAUGCCGGAGCCAGCUGAGCACGUCGACGUUGUGCCAGACGUCGACACGUGCCAAGCAGUGAAGGGGAGUUCACUGUUGCCAGCCGUACCUGACGAAGAAAACAACGAGGAAGGUGCACAAUGCGGAUGCACCGAGCCAGCAAGUUUGAGCGUCCAAGUGGAUUGGACCACGAACCAGAACGCGAUGAAGGCCAACAAGAACACCGACAUCAACGAAGACAAGCAGAAGAGUACGAGCCACGAGAGCGCUACGUACCGGUACAGCCAACGGACCGAGCUGUACUACAGGUGCUGCCGCGACCGCAUCGCACGGUCAGGAGCCGAACGUGUGGAUGAACCCGGAAGAGCUGUGGAGAAGUCGGCAGAGCCUGCAAUCUUUAGCAGCACCACGAAGAGACCCCGAUUGGUCUGGGACCCAGGCGUGGAGUUGAACGCAGCGCUUCGCUCCAACCAACCGUAG